CAGGUUGUUGUUGUCAAGAGAACCAAGAUGACGGAUACCACCAAGGCAGAACCGCAAGAAUCCACAACAGAGCCCAAUAAUAAUAAGUAUGAUGGCUACUUUGCUUGUCACUGUGGCAAGAUUCGAAUUGACGUCGUGCAACCUGCGAGUUCCAAUUGGGUGACACCCACAGCAGCCCUGUGCCAAUGUAACGAUUGCGUCCAGCAUGCCAAAGCGGUAUCCCGGUAUCGCCAAGAGCAUUGUUCGUCCGCAGCAGCUGCCGACGCCCUUACGGCUUCCAAUGCUGUGGACAUGAGACAAAUAUACAAGAGUGAUGCCGUCAAACUGACGGGAACAGAAUAUUUGCAGGCCGUCAAACUGAAACAAGAUUCUCCCGCGAUUCGCUAUCACAGCAACUGCUGUGGGACACCCUUGAUGAUGGAUUAUACCAUGGCUCCAUUUUUUCUGGUCUACCAGCAUACCAUUGCGAGUACACAAGACGACGACUCCUCGACCUUGCUGUUUCAACGAAUGACUCCCACCGUGGUGCUCAAUCAUCAAUACGCUCUUCCGAACAGUCCCCCUACGCCAGAAGGAAUUCCCGUGCGGGACGGAGUUUCCUUGGGAUUCAUGUCCCAUGCCAUUGGGAGACUGGUGGUAGGUUUGCUAGCAGGCAAGAGCAAGAGUCCCAUUGCGGCACAACUAGAUACGGUGCCAGUGAGUAUUGGAAUCGAUUCGAUUUUUGGAAAGUCACCAGCAGCAAAAGGCGAAGAUAACCAGUUAUUGGAGGAUUAAGAUGCUACGCUGAAGGCAACUGCGAGGCUGGCAUGCUGUCAAACACAAAGUCACUGUAUUGAUCAUAGUAACAUUAUUUGCAACGU